CCAGGAACUUUGCCAGCGACAUUUGUUAUUGAAACAGUGAUGAAUCACGUGGCUAAGGCACUGAAUAAGAGCGCGGAUGAAAUCCGUGAAAUUAAUUUCUAUAAGAAAGGACAGGUAAAACAUCAAAUUAAUUUAAAAUUAAUAUGCAAAAUUACUACUUUGAAAAGACGCAUAUCAAUCACGUAUAACAUACCUAUUCCUUGCGUAUAAAUGUGUUUUGGUCCACCAGAUGCUACGACGGGCAAGCGUCCAGGACAUGUCCGCGACAUGAACCUGAUCUGCACGAAUUAUAACGAAUAUGAAGAAAGCCCCUGCCCCCCCCCCCCUAAAUAUAUAAUCAUAAGUUCUAAAUAAAUGAUUACGUGAUAAUCAAACCCAGCACUAAUUAGACCUAUGGUAGUUUACUUAAAAGUAAUCACUUUAAUGCUGUGUGAAGAAUGGGGUCGUUCAUACUUUAGAGAAUGACUAACGCCUGUAUUCUAAAAGCUCAUUCACACUUAACUGAGCGGAUGCUCAUCCUCCAUAUGUUUAACUCACCAUUCAUCGAGUCUCCACACGCACUCACAUAGUAUGAUACUACACUCACACUCCAGUUAUUCAAAAAGACCACUUACGCUCAGGGAAAGCUCAAAUUUGGAGUGAAGUGUGAGUGAAAGGUAUACAUCCCUUGACCGACACUCACAUUGCAUGCGCGUAGAAAAAAUGGCGGAUAGAUGGAUAAAUAGAUUAGCAUUACUGAAGAGCAUUGCUCUAAACAAUGUAAAUGAAAGAAGACAGUACAAUUUUGAUUACAAUCAAUUUAAUGAAGAGCAAUUCAAGGCUAACAAAAUGGUUUCCGUUGUUCACUCUGUUUAUUAAUGACGCCACUGCUUGCACAGCAAACAUGACCAGAAGGAAGAUACAAUGUCGUCCAGAUACGUGCAAGGACUACAAUUGAGCGUAUGUUUGGCAUAUGGAAAAAAAUGUUUCCAUGCCUUGCGCCAAUUCUUCGUAUAAAACCCGAAACCAUGUUGACAAUAAUAAUUGCUGCAGCUGUAUUGUACAAUUUUGUAAGAAGGUGAAAUGAAUACAUAGAUGAGCCUGGUGACCUUGUACUUCCAGCAACAUUUUACAUAAUAAACUAUUGAAAUCAUUUCAAUGACAUACAAUGACACAAUGUAUAACUCACAUCCGUCUUUAAUAAAUUUAUUACACACAUGUUUAUUUCUUGAUUCUAUUUGUUUAUUUUCGUCAGCUGGUGUGUGGGCAUGGUUGCGGCCCCUUGUUGCUUUCGGUAUUCGUUGUCGUAGAAUCCCAAUAUUGAAUUCAGUGUCAAGUACCAUUUUCCUUUUGUGCUCCAUAAUCAAAUUGGCUUGCUUUAUUUUUAAAUAUUCCAUUUCGACCUCGUGUUGUUUGGCUUGCAUUGCCAAACAUUGAACCUGCGCGACAGACAAUUUAGGCCUUUUUGACCAGCAUAGAGUUAAAUCAGCAUUGAUUACAGAUUUCGGCGAUUCCUGUGUCAAGGAUGCAGAUGUAUUAUUACCACCGGGAUCCUGAACAUUGUCGUUUGAAAAAUUACUCCCACUGCUGACAUUAUAAAUGUUAAGUGAGAUAGAUGCAAUUCCGAUUAUAUAUAUGAUUGCAUACCUGAUUCAUAAUUGUCAUCGUCAAAAGCGUUACGUAGUUGUCAUGGUAACACGAUAAUUUCAUGAAGAAUAUUUUUAUAAUUGAAAAAUCCCCUAAUCAUGUUAAAUUUGUUAUUAUACGUACUAUAAGCUUCAAUAUAAAUAUGAUGCAAAAUUCAACCACAAACGCUUCGCAAAACGUUUUUAAAUGUUCUUUAUAAAACAUAACCUUUAUCGAUAAACUUUGAGUUUGAAAUAAAAUGAUUUCAAAUUCUUGCGAAAUAAAAUUUUAAAAAAUGAAAAAGGUCAUCAAGUUUAGAUAGAGAUUAGAUUAGGGUUAGAUUAAGAUUAUGUUAGGGUUUAUGGUCAGUGUUAGGGCUCAACAUGUGUCGCGAAUUUAUCAUAAUGAUAAAUUCGGACGUGUUUAACAUUUUACUCAUAUAGUAAAUUCAAAGGUGGAGCUUAUGCUGGAAAUUAUAUGCUGUCUUUUUCCAUUAUACGCAACGAUCAGCGUUUAAAGCAAUUAUAUAGUACCUUCAUUAACGUGGACGUCUUCGCUCGAUUCUUUUCGCAAUUCUUUCGCCUUUUUUCCUGAAACAGCUUUUGAAAUUUACAAAAUCUUGCAAAAAUGAAAUAUAUUUGCAAGAAAUCAAGAAAUGUUUGCUAUUUCGCUGUCGCAAUGCAGUCGUUAUAAUGCAAAUUUUAAUUUGGACCAAUCAGCGUUCGCUAUUCAUGACAGUCCGCUAUAUUUUGAGAUCAGUGAGGAUGACUACCCACGCACAGUGACCCAUAGACUUGCUCCAAGUCUCUCUUUCAUUGUCACUAGUAUCGAUCCACUAUAGUGUACAUUACAUGACGUAGUACGGAGGGGCGGAGCGAGAAAGAGAGACUUGUCAACCUCGGAAAAUCUCGGUUCAAAACUGAAGCGAAAAUGCAAGACGUACUUGCUUUAAUUGUUUUCCUUCGAUUUCUUUCUGUAUUAUUUACUAUUAUGGAACUCAUGUUAUUUACACUGUGCUAGGUCAAUACAUAUAAGUAGUGACAGAAAACAAUUAAAGCAAGUCUUGCAUUUUCGGUUCAGUUUUGAACAGAGAUUUUCCGAAGUUGACAAGUCUCUCUUUCUCACACCGCCCCUCCGUACUACAUCAUGUAAUGUACACUAUAGUGGAUCGAUACUAUAUGACAAUGAAAGAGAGACUUGGAGCAAGUCUAAGUAAUCCAUGACCGCGAUCAUUGAUGAACUUUAGACUUCGCUAAUGCUUUCCUUUCCCCGGGGGUAAAUAGCCAGGCGGAAUUAGAACCGUCGCCGGGGGCUUACGCCCGGAACGGCGCUCCGCGCCAUUGGCUCGGAGAAUUACUCAGUUUAAAGUGAAUUUUCCAUGUCGGGGAAAUAUUGCCUACUUUGUGCCAUACUUGCAAACCAUGCAGCUUGUGCAUUUUUUAAAGGUUAUGCGAUUCAAUACCAGCUUAUUAUAAUUAUUGCAAUUACAAUUCCUUCAAGUCCCAGUUCAGUUAUCUCUUUUAAUACAAAUGAUCAACAUUUGAGUUGCAAGAGUGCUCUCUCAAAGAGUGGAAUUUUAGGCUAUGUUUACAUUGUUUCGGAUCGGUUUUUGCUUCGUUCGCGAAACGUUACGGGCCAAGUGUAAACAGCUUCCGCUCAGCAUAGCAAGUUUUUGUUUGCUAGACGCCAUCUUGAGUCACGCAUUGAACCGAAAAUUGCUUCGAUUGGUGUUUACAUUACAAUGAGAGCGUUAUCACUUCGUUACCACUUCGUUGAGCGAACCGCUGCACCACCAGUUCGUUGCAGAAAUUGAGACGAUAACAACAUUUCAUAUGUAAACAGAAGCCUGGUUUUUGCGUCGGACAAAAAGUGAUCCGAGACAAUGUGAACAUGGCCUUACGUCCGUAUUCUAAAAGCGCACUCACACUCAAUGAGUGGAGGUUCAAUCUGAGCUUCUAUAUUAAGUGUCAAUGCUGUUUUUGAAUAGCUUGAGGGUUAGUGUCGUACCUUACUAUGUGACUACUCACACUCCAGCUAGUCAAAAACAGCAGUGACACUCAAUAGAAGCUCAGAUUGAACCACCACUCAUUGCAUGAGUGUCAGUGUGAGUGAGCCCUUAGAAUACGGGCGUUAGACUCAUACUCCACUCGCUCUCACACUUGAACAAGAUUAUAACGACACUCAGUGAAGCAUAACUUACGCCUGUAUUUUAAAAGUUCACUCAUACUCAAAGAGUGCAGGUUCAAUCUGAGCUUCCCGUGAGUGUCAGUGCUGUUUUUGAAUAACUGGAGGGUUAACAAGAAUGAUUUUAAUUAAAUUUCACAACAACAUUAGUGCAUGUUUCAUCGAUGAUUCAUUAAUGGGUGUAACCACCGGCGGGUAUAAAUAAAAAUUUUACUACUACUACUAAUACUAUAUGUCAUAAAGCUUGUCAUGCAUUAAGUUCGCCACUACAAUGUGCUUCAUCAAUCUACUGAAGAUUCUUAAUUGGAUACAGCCGGCUGUAUAGUAACUUUGAGGUAGGCGGGAAACUAUAAUAAAUCUAAAAAACAAAGCUUUUUAAAUUUAGGUAAAUAAACAGCAUUUAUUUGUUAUUUCCGCUUAAGUAAUCCAAGAGAAUCACAGUAGACAAGAAAAUAUCGUAUCGCUUGUUCAAUUUUGCAGCACUUUUUAUUCUUCCAAUUCACAACUCACAACAACAAAACAUGCAAUUUAAUUAUUAUUCGAAUGACUUCACUGGCGCAUUUCCGCCUGGGAAUUUCGCGGGAAACAGGUUGGAAAAGUCAUUUUCAGGGAGAACAGCGGGAAAUAAUACUAAAAGAGGAAGUCGUCUAGAGAUUAACCAUCGCAUGUUAAAAUUUUGUUUACCUUUCGAAUUCAAAAUCAAAGCGUUGAGACAGUAAAUUUCCCGUGUUUCCAUACAGUUAUAGAAUCAUAUUUCUCGACCAAUCAACGCUCGCCUACUAUAAAUGUUAUAUUUCGUAUUCCUUCCUUUUGCAGACAACAUUCUACCACCAACCUCUACCUUACUGCAACAUAUCCAAAAUAUGGCAAGGUUAGCGAAUGAAGAAUAAUAGAUACGAAUAUAGAUAGGAAGGGUAGAUACGGCUAUCCACUAUACUGGGUGUUAAUUUACAAAAAUACCUAAGAUGCUGUGAAACUACGAAUAGAGAACUUUCAUGAAAUGCCAGGUAUCUUUUAUCUAAGAUUUCAAAACAGAAUUUUCAAACAGAAAAGAGAUUCCUAAGAUUGUACACAUGAAAUUACCUUACGCUCACAAGUGCGCAAAUGAGAAAUCUGGACCAGUUGCAGUUAAUGUAUAUUAUCUGUAUGAAUACUGUUGUCUGUAACUGUACUAAAACAAAUAAUACGCAUAAAUAAUACAUAAACCACAGCUUAGAACUUUUACAUCGUUCCUUUGAAAUUCUCGCGGAAUCUUGAAAGCAUGAAUGAUGCAAUGCUUGCCGACGAUGCAAUUUUCCCUUUUUCCCUAGUUCAAAAUAUUAAUCUAUUAAUCUGUAGACACAAGUUUUUCGGUAUUUUUACAGAUUUGAAACAAUCAAGUGAGGCUGAGAAACGUAGAACCACUAUCCAGGUAUUCAAUAAGGUAUGUGUCUGGUUUAAGUCCAAAAAGCAAAUUGACGUAUGGACUUUGUAAUGUUAGAUUUUGUUUCGAAAUUUAAUGAAUUUGUUAACUUUCGCCCUUUUUACAUGUAGUAACUCUAACUAUAACUCUAACUUUAAUUCCCACCGUGGACAGGCAUAUUUUUCAAGCUUGCUCAGUGUGGAUAUACACUCAGAGUAACAUCACAAGGAUCAUAUUCACCUAAGUACAUUAGACCAACACAGAAAAAUCUAUAACUACCUUUUUAUGCAACCAGCCCCUGGUCCUUACUUAUAUAAACGGCAUGAUCCGUAGGAAAAAAGAAUUUUCUGGAGCACUCCUCUUAUUUUGCUUUGCUCUUUCAUUUUCCCCAUUUCUUAGGAAAAUCGCUGGCGCAAGCGGGGAAUGAGUAUUGUACCGUUGCGGUGGGGUGUGAUGUAUGUACCGGGCUUGCGAUUCACGGCUUAUGUGGCAAUAUUUCGUAAAGAUGGUACAGUGUGUAUAACACAUGGAGGAGUGGAGAUAGGACAAGGGAUAAACACAAGGGUAUUUAUAAUAAUAAACUACACUUUACUGAUGAUGAUGAUGAUGAUGAUGAUGAUGAUGAUGAUGAUGAUGAUGAUGAUGAUGAUGAUGAUGAUGAUGAGGACGACGACGACAACGACGAGAUUUGUUGUUUCCAAAUACUCGCCAUCUUCUUGCGCCAUUAAUCUCACAUAGUGGAUGCUUAUUUCACCACAAGACCUUUCAAAAAUCCCGUUGUCGAUCUAUAUGGCGUCAAUGAUGGCGUUAGAAGAUCCAGUAAGAAUAUGGCGUAUCCAAAUAAGGAAUACCAUAGUCAUACUCGUGCCCGUACCCAAAUCUAGAGCUCCAUAAUAUGCCUAUGCCACUAUGACUAAAGGUGCAUGUGAUUCUAUAAUAGGCAGAAUUUCAACUUAGUACAUUAUUAUUUCAAUUAUCUUUUUAAUUGAACGAUACCAGGCAGUUCAAAUCCGUAUCAUGGAUAAACAAAAAUUAUUCGGAUUUUGUCUCGUUUUACUCUAGGUUUGUCAAGUUGCAGCCUACAUUCUUGGCUACGGUUUGACUGUUGAUCAAAUCUCAAUUCGACCAGCAACAAGUUUUCUCAAUCCAAACGGUAUGUUAAUCUCUCUAAUGAUCCAAGACCUGAAUAUUAAUUCCCCAUACCUGUGGAAGUUCCUGGAUGAUACCACAUCAUCGGAAAUUCUUCGCAAAGGCAAUGUUAGUACAGCCCAAAACAUAGCAGAUCAUAUUAAGCAAUGGUCAGAAGAAAAUAGAUUAAAGCUACAUCCAGACAAAUGUAACGAAUUGAGAAUUUCUUUUAGUAAGAACGCAGUUGUUCUAGAUCAAGUCAUACUUAAUGGUAAAGAAGUCGAAAUAGUCGAGAGUGCUAAAUUAUUGGGAGUAACAAUAAGCAACAAUCUAACUUGGCAUGCCCAUAUAAAAGAGGUCGUCAAAAAAGCCAGUAAGAGACUAUAUUAUCUGGUUCAAUUAAAAAGAGCUAGGUUACCAGUUAAAGAUCUUGUGUUAUUCUAUACGUCUUGCGUUAUAUCUGGCAUGGAUUACGCAGUACCAGCCAUUUAUCACUCCCUUCCACAAUACUUAAAGAACGAAUUGAUUCGACUGGAAAAAAGGGCUAUUUCAAUAAUAAAUCCAGGAAUGGACUACUCUGCAACAGGACAAAUUUUGAACAUCAAACCAAUAGAAGAACACCAUAAUUUCUUAUGCAAAAACUUGUUUGAUAAUGUUACAAAGGAUCCAAACCACAAACUUUAUGACCUCCUCCCACAGAAACAUAACUGGCACCACGAUCUCAGAAAUGGUCAUGAAUUUGACAUUCCUCAUUUUAAUACUAAUCGCACUAAAAACUCUUUUAUAUUUGCGAUGGCAUCUAAGAUGUCUUUGUAACGUUAGUGGUAUCUUUUUUAUUAUCAUCCUAGUAAAAUUUUAAAUAUAUUCAUAAUUUUAACUUAAUAAUUAUAAUAGAUAAUUAAAUAAUAAUUCGUAUUUUGUAAACUUUACGUAAUUCAGCCUUUGGCUGCAAUGUAAAUGUUUUAUUAAACUAUCUAUCUCCAUCUAAAACUCCCUUUCUCUUAGUCUUUUUCUCAUAGGUUUUUUUUUGCUAAUGUUUGAUUAUAGUCACCCAAUUCACAACUUUAGAUAACUUGACUAUUGUUCUAGUUUACAGAAGCAUUAAAUAGAACACAGGGGCCGGUUGUAGGAAGGUCGGAUAGCGGUAUCCACCGGAUAGUGACUUUUUCAACCUUAGUAAAAUGCUUGAAAAGCUGUGAAACUACAGAUAUAAACGACAUGAGAAGUAUAAAAAACAUUUAACUUAUAAAUACUAAACAUUAAUACGAGUUACACCAAUAUAUCAACGACUGAUUUAACAAAGCUUGAAAAAAUCACUAUCCGGUGGAUAACGCUAUCCGGCCUUCGUACAACCGGCCCCAAGUGUAUUACUUACAUGAAUGAAUAACUCUUUUAAAUAAUUCGCCAUGUUGCGAUGGCAACAGUACUAUUGUCAAAACCCAGCAGUCUAAAUGUUCCACUGAUGUUGUAUAUUGCCUUCAAGUUGAAAGAAAUGCACGAUUUGCGUUAUUAGGCGUGUAUAUAUACUGCGAAGUUGUUGGCUAAAUAGGCACAACAGUAGGUAGCAUCUUUAACUGGUUCUGAUAGAACUGGUCAUUAACAAUUUUUGCUGGUUUAGUGUUUUAAAUUAUUUGUUUCCUAAAAUUCGCUACUUAAAAGCCACUGAAUUACGUCAUUAUGUACCAAACAACAUAUUAGCGUCUAUGUACAAAGAGGAGCAGAGAGGCUGCAUGUAAAAUAUUCUAGAAAUCAGGGUACGUAUAUAUAUAUAUACAUAUAUAUACGUAUCGAGCCGAAGGCGAGCGGCUAUAGGCACCGAUAAAGCGCAAUCACGAGGUUUAUAAAUCACUUCUAAAAUUCAUGAUCACCUUUUGUUUUGGGUCCCAAUGAAAUAAUAAGAAAUGUUAACUACAAUAGUUCUAUUGUUUUACGAUUCUUUCCUUCAUUGAUCAGCAAGCAAAUUAAUGACUGGAUUAAUUAUCAAGUCAUACAAGUCGUUAAACGGAGUUUUCAAAUGGAAAUUUGAACAUUUGACUAGUGUCGUUAAGGAGCCGGUUUCGAAGCGCUCGAAGUGCUGAAGAGGAGCAAACGUUGCUCGAAAGAGCGAUGCUUCCAAGUACAAGAUACGCGACAAAGUGGGCUUUGAAGAUUUUUGAUUCCUGGAGAGCCGCUAGAAAGGUUAAAGAAGUGAAGAUCGACGAUGCUGAGGUCAUGAAGCUGAUGUUAUUGGCCCAAUCCAGACAUUAACUACAUCGCUGGCGGAGAUGAAUGAAGCGUGUUUAGCAUUUUGGUUAAGCAAGUUUGUUGGGUUUAAAGAGUUUAAAGUGGUGUGUAAUCAAAAUGAAAGAAAGGGUUGUUAAUCCCGUGUUUAACAAUUGCAACAUUACCUUUAACUUUGGAAAAUAAAGUAUUUAUUGAUUUCUCGAAUAUUUGAGUUUUAUUAGGAACAGAUUAAUAAACAUUUUGUUAAAGAAUGCUUUAUAAAGGUACAUGUACACACCGAUCUAUAUCACGGUAUAUAAGGGUCAUCAUGUGACGAGAUUUUAAGAAAUUCAUGAAUUUUAGAACUCCUUCAAGCUAUGCGGCAGUCGGCUUUCUGAAAAAUGUAUUCCCUAUACCCGUCAUCUUUAGUAAACAAAUCCGAUGAACGAUCUCUUGAAAUGACGUUUUCGUUUUACAGGUGAUGCAACUGGGAGAAGUAUAGCAAGCGAAUUAUGCUGUGAGGUGAUGUAUAUUUACAGACUUUCUUACAUACUUGUAUUAUACUGCACAUUUGCUGUGCACCCUGUGCAUCAAACACGGUUUGAACUGUGGCACCUAUAUUUCUUUUUGUCACCCAUAACCGUUCUGUCAUCCAUAACCGUUCUCGCCUUAUUCUGGAUCUAACCCUGAUGCUCAAGAUUCUUUUUUUACACCAUCACUUAUCAGAAUUCUCACUUCAACAGGAUAGUAAAAUAAUGGAACAUGCAGUGUUUGCAAAGUAGCUCCUCCAAACAUGUCUCGAGUGUCAAGACAUUUUUAAACGCAACUUUAUUAUUCUUAUUUCAUGUAUUUGAUUUCAUGUAGCCUAUUUGUAUUUGAUGCCAAUCUGUAAUUAUGCACUUGGUCAAUAUCGCGUGAUUGCCCUUGUCAUAGGAGUUGACUGGCUCAUUGUAUGAACUGUCGCUAGUAUUCAAAUUGUUAACUAUUAAUUUAUUCUAUAUGGUGUGUACGUAUUUUGUUUGGAAAGGUGUAUUGCAUGGGUGGAGUAUUGCAUGGGUAGUGUAUUAUGAUCCGUUCGCACCUCCUCCAUUUGGGUACAUUCUUAUAUGUUGUAUUUGUCCUAAAUUUGUAAAGUUGUUCAUUUACUAAUACGAUUAUAUUAGUUAUUUAACCUAGCAAACAAGCUCUUGAGUUCACGUUUGAACUAUGUUCUUUGCCAAUUAGACACACACCUUAAAUUGACUCCUUAUCAAAACGUUCUUGUGAUUGUUUUGCUCUCACUGCCUGUAAUUACUAUACCUUUGAGCUAUGACAUUAUUUCGUGUAUAAAUGUCUUGAUCGUUAUUACUCGUGUAGGCUGUCAUAAAUUGCUGUAAUAUGCUCAAGGAAAGGAUCUCGUUGAUUGCAAAAGAUAUGCCACAAGCAACAUGGGGAGAAAUUAUUGACAAAUGUUAUGGCCUUGGUAUUGAUUUGUCUGCAAAAUACAUGUAUGUAUAGCUUACUAGGUUAAUACAAAAAUGGACACAGAUAUCGUAAAUGCUCUAAUUGCAAAUAGCGUCAUCAAUAGCCAGGCAUGUUAAAUAUUUUACUAAAAUAUUUUACUAAAAUAAAAAUGUUAUAACAGUAACUAAAAUAUUUUACUAAAAUAAAAAUGUUAUAACAGUAACUGUUCGCUAUUCAUGCAGUCCACUCCGCCAUAUUUUUGAGAUGGGUGAGGACGAGAACCCAUGAACGUUGAAGCAUAGUCAUGCGCCGACGAUUAUUCAUGAACUUUUGACUUCGCAAAUGCUUAAUUUCCUUUCCCCGGGUGUAAAUAGCCGGGAGCAAUUAGUACCCUCCCUCCGCGCCGUUGACUUGGAGACUAGUACACCUAAAGUAUAUCCAUCUUCGCAUGAAAACUCGAGAAACUCGGGAAGUGUGUAGUUUAAUGUAACUUUAACUUUCCCAAAGUCGCUUGACCAUUAUUUGCUGUAUGUUGAACUCUAAAAGCACCCUGGUUAAAAUUUCCUGGUUAACCAAGAAAUAACACUUGCUUGGGUUAACUUUAAAUUUCCUGGUUAUUCUAUCUCAUUGCUUACCAUAGCCUGGUGCAGAAAUCUACUAAAAUUGUGUAGUGCUUAAUCUGAAAUUUGCUAAAUUUGUGUAAUCCUUAGUGAAAUAUUUUUACUAUCUAAUGUGAAUAUUUAGGGUGUUGCCGAAAGCUGGCCAACCUUACAACUAUAACAUAUACGCUGCGACUUGCACGGAAGUGGAGAUUGAUGUCCUUACUGGGGAGACGGAAAUACUUAGGACUGAUAUUUUAUUCGACUGUGGUAAAAGGUAAGCAAUAUUACUUACACUCUGCCUGGAGAAUCGAGAUUCAUGCUAGUUAAAACCUAGUAUAUGCCAAUUGUCCUCCCACUACAGUCGAUCAUUAAAUGUCCUGAAUGUUCAUUCCCCUAAAUGCCGUAGCGUGGCAACAAGCAAAUAAUGCAACAUUCUUAAUUUUUGGCUAUGCGAACUGUGGAGCUUGCGAUGAAAAAUCCUGUUUGUAUAGUCCAAGAGUCGUCAUUAUGAACUCUCUAAAUCUAUCUGUCAGCAAAAAUAUAAGUCUUAAUAAAGCUGUUCAUGCUUCUUCUGGUAGCCAUCUUCAUUUUUGCUUACUUCCAGUUUCCAGUUCUUUAAUGCAGGAAAGAGGAAAUAUUUGCGUUUUGUGUUGAAACAGCAAUUUGCGUGCAUAUAUUUCGCAGAAUUGGUACCUAUAUAAGUCAUUUAUCUGAUAGGUUAAGUUGCGUGAUUUCCAUAUUAGCAGUACGCUGUUAGCUAAUGAGAAGGCACGUAGUAGCGACAGUACAUUAUAUUUUUGUGUAGUAUGAAUCCUGAGAUUGACAUUGGGCAAGUUGAAGGCGCCUUCGUCAUGGGUCUUGGUUACUGGUUGACCGAACAAGCAAUUUAUGAUCCUUCGUCUGGCCUGGAACUUACCAAUGGUACAUGGGUAGGUGCUACUUUAACUAUAAACUAGAAAAUACAUGCAUGCAGAAACCCUUGCCUUGCUGACAAAACCAUUGUAUUUUCCGAACAUGAAGUAUCUAAAGUAGUUGUCAUGGUAACACGAUAAUUUCUUAAGAAUAUUCUUACAAAUGAAAAAUCGCUUAAAAAUAUCACUUUUAAUUACAAAAUUAUCAAUUUCCUAACAUAUAUAUGUUAGGUAUGAUAUUAUACGUAAUAUAAGCUUCAAUUUAAGGUAAAAUUCGACCACAAACACUUCGCAAAACGUUCUAAAGUGUUCUUUAUAAAACUAAACUGCCUUUUUAGAACUUUGAGUUUGCAAUAAAAUGAUUUCAAAUUCUCGCAUGCAAAUAACUUUGAUUUCCUUUCUAUUUAAAAAAAAUCAGUAUAAUAAAAAAAGGGAAACAAUAUUAAAGAUACACUGAAAUGGGGCCCGAUAUGCUGUCUUGUUUAGUUGUUUCAUAUACGCAAAGGCCGUCGGGUUUUAAAGCAAUUAUAAAAUCAAUAUUUAAAACAACCUAAUUACCUUCGUUAACGUCGGCUCCCUUCUUUUAGCCGAUUCUUUCGCCAUUUCUUUCUUGAAAUUUACAAAACCUUGCAAAAAUGCGAGCAAAAAUGAAAUAUAUUUCCAAGAAAUUUAUCAAUCAUCAAAUAAAGAAAUGUUUGCUAUUUCGCUGUCGUCAUGCAGUCGUUAUAAUGCAAACUUUAAAUUGGACCAAUCACAGUGUUCGCUAUUCAUGACAGUCCGCCAUAUUUUUGAGAUCGGUGAGAAUGACCACCCACAGUUGGUGACCCACGCCCGCGAUAUUUGAUGAACUUUAGACUUCGCUAAUGCCUUAAUUUCCCCGGGUGUAAAUAGCCGGGGGGAAUUAGUACGGCUCGGGGAUAAUAGGUUGGCUUCGAUAUAUAGCAACUCCACACAUCUUAGCUUGCAAUGGAUAUAUUUUUACCAAAUAAUAUUAAGAAGUAUACGUGUUUUAGCCUUGGAAUAAACAUUUAUAUGAUAUUGCUACAACUGAUCUCGCUAGACUACAAUUGUUUCUGAUUCGAGAUUCUUCACGAGCUUGGGGUGAUGUAGAGAAGCUUUCCUGUGGAUGCUUCGCUAAAAGUGCUGUGGGCGUGCUAGAUAUAUAUGCUUUGUUUUGUGCUUUUUUGUUGUUAUAAGUUUGUAUUUUCAAGUGUGCCGAAGCGCUAGCGUUUAUAUUAUACCGUUGCAAUAUGAGGGGAAUACAACACGUAUAAUGCGCACGCAUUAUAACCUAUAUUAUUAUAUGGCAAGCAUCACUUCCGGUGAAAGGCGGACUGUGAUUGGCCAAAAACACUGUCAGCGGUCCAUUAUUUUCCGGCGGUCCGUUGCGUAAAACCAAAUGCAUGUAUUAAAGCAAAUCAGCAAAACUAAUUGAAAAUUUGGAAAUUGUAAUUUAAUUUGUUAUUAAUAAGAUAUUUACGAAUGGUUUUUAGUGAAAAAGAAGGAAUACAUUCUUUCUUCCGUUUUCUUGGACCAAAUGUAUACCACGCUACUAAUAUGCAUUUCAAAUUAUACAUUUCUUGUUUGUUUCAAGUACAAAUGCCUAUAAAUACCAUAUAUAAAUAAACUUUUUAUUAACUUCGCAUGCUCGGUAUGUACAGAGAAAUAUCGUACCUCGGUCUUUUUGUACAAGCCUCACCCUCGGGCUCGGUCUGUACAAAAAGACCUCUGUCCGAUAAUUCUCUUUUCCGUUAGUAAUUGGAAAAUGGCACACUUUUGUAAAAUCUUCACUGUACCUGCUGUUGAUUAUAUGAAUUGAUUUUACUAACAUCGUUUCUCUGAUUCAGGAUUACCACCCCCCGUUUUCUAAAGAUAUCCCUAUAGAUUUCCGGGUGUCCCUUCUUAAAAAUGUUCCAAACCCUCUCGGUAUUCUUGGCUCAAAAGGUAAGAUAGUGUAAAUAAAAAUAUAAUGUAGCUGAUGGUUUAAUUAUCAAUUUCAGUCGUGUAUAGUAUAGAAAGUUAAGGUACUCACUGGCUAACCAUGCUUUCAUGGUCGAAUAAUGAUUGUCACAGAGUUGUUACAGUUAUCGCCAAUAAACGAAAGAUUUUCCGAAAUGACUGGGGGUUAAGGGGAGCACCCUCUGCCUGGAUAUUUUUUCGUCAAAUUUACGUUUGAGAUAUUCUUUCAUCAUUUACAAAGUAUAAUGAUAUAGCUAGCCUGUUAUUUUCCUACCAGUCUCAACAAAAAUACAAUACUCAUUAUACACUACCUUAAUGUCCGUUCUCGAAGGAUAUAGUUAGUUUUUGGUCGAGGGGAACACUGAGGUUCGUCGGAAAACAGAACAAACUAUUUUGCGAGGAAAGAGACAUUAAGUGUUUUGUUAUAUAGCGACGAAGAAAACAGUAAACAACAUUCACAGAACAAUUAUAUUUUAUCUACAAAACAAUUCUAUUUCGAAACUGUUUAAUGUGAAUGAUUUCAACAAAAAAGAACAUGCUAAGAAUUUUUCAUUGCUGUUGCCUGUUUAGUAAUUUUUCUUCUCUGUUAGAUUCCUCAUUUGUUAUGUAAGCUAACGAUAAAUGUGCAAAAUUUCCUCAUUUUCUAGCUGUUGGUGAACCACCGCAAUGUAUGUCAUGUUCGUGCCUGUUUGCUCUUCAAGAUGCGAUAUACCACGCCCGUGAGGAGACUGGACACGACAAAGAUUACUUUCCGUUAGAUGGUCCAGCUACAGUGGAAGUCACACAGUUGAAAUGUUUAGUUGAUCCUUCACAAUUUAUUAUGUAACUAUUCAUUGAACAAAAUUUAUAGAAUGAAGUAUGAACAUAUGAACAUAUGAAUGAACAUAAUUUUUAAUGAGGAUACCAACUUCACAAGUAGUGGUUUACAGAGGGGUCCUCGGACAAGUAAACAUAUACUAAAAAUAAUUAAAUUACAAAUGAAAAUUACUAGACAGAACAAACAAGUUAUUAUAAUUCAAUUCAUUGCGUUUCUUAAAUGAGGUUAUCGAGGUGGAACCUUUUAAUUAAUUAAAUCAUCAUCCAAACUAUUCCAGACUUGAUAGCCUUUUAACAUCAUCCAAACUAUUCCAGAAAUUAUAGAAUGAACUAGCAAAUUCAUGACAAAAACUCUAUAGUGUAAACGAGUUUAAAAUUAAAAGAUCCUACUUAAACGGU